UGUGACAUUUGCGGCAAGAAGCUAGUUUAUGAGCAGCUAGCCGGAUAAAGAUGAAGAACUAAGGAAGUAAAUAGAACAUACUUUGCCUCGUAAGGACCGAGCUGACGUUUGGGUUACAGUUUGUUGUCGUAUCCACAUCAGAGAAUACAGUUUGUAUCAAAUGGAGCUAAAGGUAAAACUUCCUAUCUGGCUGAACACGUUGAAACAGCAGUGAGUAGGCUAACCCUUUCUCUUAACUUAUACUGUAAGUCACUGUUAGAGUUGAGCUGGUGUUAUAACAUUUUUUUUCUGAGAUGUUGAAACUAAUCAGAUAACUGUAGCUAUUUCUUUUUUUUUAAUUAAUUGCAGUAUGGGUGGACAUUAGCGCGUGAGCCGACUUGCCUAACUGCAUUUUGCACACAAGGUUAACAUUAGCUUUAGCAGGCUAGCUCCUCACUCCCCUCUUGCUGCAGCUUUCUUACUUUCUUAUGCUGACUUGUCAGGACAGGUGUGCAGACAGUAGGCCAGCUGUGGUGUGGGAGAGAUAGGGUCUGCAGCUGAAAAGCAGUGCUCACAGAGCGGUACUAAGUCCCAGCAGCCCACUUUCUAGUGACUUUAGUGGAGCCAGAGGUGGGACCAUGCUGCUCUCCUUGGUCGUGCACACAUACUCGCUGCGGUACUGGUUUCCAGCCACGAUCAUGCUGGGAACAGCCCCGGCUUAUCUGCUGUCAUGGGGUACCUGGCGCUUACUUUCAACAGUUUUACCAGCGAGAAUGUAUCACAAGUUAGACGAUCGGUUGUACUCCAUGUACCAGAGUAUGGUGCUGUUCUUCUUUGAAAACUACACCGGAGUAGAGAUUAUUAUAUAUGGAGAUAUACCAAAGAACAAAGAGAACGUGAUCUACGUGUCCAAUCAUCAAUGUACAGCCGACUGGAUCAUUGCGGACAUGCUCGCCAUCAGGCAGAGUGCUCUCGGCCACGUCAGAUACGUUCUUAAAGAUGGACUCAAGUGGCUCCCGCUGUACGGAUGGUAUUUCUCUCAGCAUGGAGGAGCCUACGUGAAACGAAGUGCAAAGUUCAGUGAACUAGCGAUGAAGAAGAAGCUCUUCACUCAGAGUCAAUCUGGGGUCCCAAUGUACCUCGUCAUCUUCCCAGAAGGAACCCGGUAUAAUCCAGAGCUCAAGAAUGUUAUCGCUGACAGUCAGGCUUUUGCUACAAAAGAAGGACUGGCUGUCCUGAAGCACACUCUGACACCCAGAAUGAAGGCCUCUCACAUAGCCCUGGAGGCCAUGGGGGGCCACCUGGACGCGGUGUAUGACGUCACAGUGGCCUACGAGGGAACGCUGGAAGUCUCGGGUCAAAGAAAACCUGCGCCGUCAAUGCCAGAAUUCCUGUGCAAAGAAUGUCCCCGAGUCCACAUUCACUUUGACCGCGUGGACAUAAAGGAAAUUCCUCCAGAGCCGCUGUUCUUCCGCAGGUGGCUGCACGAGCGCUUUGAAAUCAAGGACCGGCUGCUGACGGAUUUCUACGAGUCGGAGGAUGAAGACAAAACCUGCAGGUUUCCCGGGGAGGGCAAACAUUCUCCUCUGAACCUUUCGAAAACCCUCCCAUCAGUGGUGAUCCUGGUGGGGCUGACACUGCCGUUACUGCUGACAGAGACCGGCAGGAAAGUGUACAUGAGAACCUGGGUGUACGGGACUCUGCUGGGCUGGCUGUGGGUCAAUGCUUUUCCUUAACCGACAGGGCAGCGGCUGCCACGAUGAGACGCACAAAAGACACGUCGCCACUUUGCUGUAUCGCAACAACACAAGGUGUGUUCCAGAUGCAGAGCGGCAUCUGAUGAGAGGCUCAGAGAUUUACUCCUCGUGUCUCAUUCAUGUUGAGCUGAAAGCUGAACGGAGGUACGGAGAAAUGUGACGCUUUUUUGUGCUACUUGUUCCCUCGCGUUAUUUGGAUUUGCAGCCUGAAAUGUUGAGAAAACAUGAGUGGAAUUGGUGGAAAAAUCCCCCUAGUUAUCGACUAUGAAAUAAAAAAAAAACCAACCCCCCCCUCCCCCAUUCAUCAGAUUUUGGCAAAUUAGUAUUCAUGCAUGCCCACUUUCCCAUAAAACAUUGGCCAGUUUUAAAGCUCUUAUAUGAGAGAUUUUUGAGAGCAACGUGUGCUUAGUGCUCUGAAAACAAGUGGAUUGAUCAUGUCCAGCUACGGUACGUAGCCGACACAGCACACCAGCCUACUGAUGAGAGAUCAUUCAUUAUUUAAGUGGACUGACUCAUUGACAUUGGUUCUAAUGCCAUUCAUGCCAAGUCCCAUGUCAGGAGGUUUAUGCAAUUAACUCAUUGAAAGUGAUGUUUUACAUUAGUAGAACAAAAAUAAGUAGCAUGCAGUCCUCUGUAGGGGCUCAUAAACCUAACACCAGCUGCAUCGUUUACUAUGAAUAUUCAUAUGACAUCUUAGUUUUAUAUAAUCAUAAUGAAUGUAGCUGUUAACUCAUUUAUGCAUAUAUGAAAUAGCUUUUUUUUUUAUUCCCAACACCCAAGAUUUUGGUUUUACUAAUAUCCUUAAAAAAAAGAAAUCAAUCUACUGUACUUUUGAGCUCAAAUGGAGGAAUGCGUGUUUGAAAUUGAAGUAUUGCUUUAACCUUUAAAAUGUCAAUCAUUGCCAAAACCUGCUGUAUUUACCGUGAUGUUCUACAUGUGUUUAAGUUGAGCAAUACUCGUUUAAUGCCAGCCUGGAUGACGACAAAGAAACCUAAUGUCUCUUCUUUUUUGGGGCCUAAAUACAUUAUAAUUUGACUUCUUUUGACAAUGGUUUAUUCACAGAUCCAUAACUUUUAUAUGCAUUUGUUUCUUUGAAUACCAUGUUUCAGCUCAUACGAAAGUAUCUACCUUGCAAAAAGCUAACAAAGCCAUGUUAACGGUAUAUCACAGGCUCAUGUGCACUCAAAGCCAUUUGUAUUGUCGAAUGCACUGUAUGGCCAUUGUUUACCGUUAUGAAACCAUUGCAUUUUUUUCCACGAGUCACUUUACUUGUUUGCCGUCUCGUCUACAGUUAGUCUGAGAAAUGUUUCCCUCGUGUGGAAGGUACAGUACAUAGUUCUUACAAGUCAAUCCAAUACCUCACUUGAAUAAUCCUCCCUUGUUCUUAAAUGACUUGUCAGCAAUUUUAUAGUCAUUUUUAUUCUGACAAAACCAGUCUAACUCAUCGGGAAAUCUCUGUCGACAGUAUUUAAAUGCCAACUGAUUUUGGAAAUUGUGUGCCUUCUCUUUGGAGGAGUUGGUCCUCAGCGGCUCUUUUCCACCAGGUGACUGCGUAGAGGCUGGAGCUGCUGCUCCCUGUGGUCGCAUUGUCUACAGUUCAUAGUGGCUUAUUUUGCUCGAAGAAUGCAUUGAUUUACACUUUUUGAGGACUAUUAUUAAACGAUGAAACCUUUAAUGUAUAUAACUUCUUGAAAUGGGGGAGUCAGAGAAAUAAAGUUUUCUUUUGGGAGAGUCAAGUUUUCUGUUGUCUUCCUGUCCUGAAUGUGUGACUUAAAUUAAAAUGUUGAUACUAGAGUAUAUCUAAUACUGGCACAAUGUGUUGCCAAUGGAAUUAAACUGAUUGUUGCCCAAGU